AUGCUGAAGAAGUGGCUUUGCGGACAAAGGUCUCGAAGCUCGAGGCUCCUUCUGGCCUUGGCAGGCUGCCAGCUCUGUUGGAUGCCUGGGCUUGAUGGUUUGUCACUGUCAGCCCCGUGCAAGUCAAGGAUCUCCACAUCUUUCGCAGCAGGCGUUGCAUGGCGCACGCGCGGUGGAGGUAAGAAGAUUGCUGUGGCGAUGGCUUACUACGGCACCUACGAUCUGAACAACUUGCGUGCAAAUGAGGCCAAUCCGAAUCAUCCGGAUUUCUGGAAAAAGCAAGGACUUGACGAUCGCCCCGAUAAUUGGGAGGAAUUCGUGGACCAGGCGCGCUCGAAGGGCAUUCUCGAGCAUAAGGUAAACACAGCAGCUGCCAGAUCGCCUGAGCAGAAGAAGGCUGCAGGCCGGGACACACGCAAGGUCGAACAUGCCACCAAGCAAUCUUUGGGUGGCACGGCGAAACUUCAUCGCAAUGGCAGCAGGGCGAAGAAAACCGACCUCUCAGACUCUGACCAAGACUACAAGGUUGAAACCGAUUUUACUGUAACCGCGGAGGACCGGCAGCGUUUCAUUCUUGAGCUCGAGAAGCCGUUCCCUGGCAAAGUGAAGAUCACGAGCAAAGGCAUCGUCCGUGCCGAAGGGGAAUCUGGGCAACUGUGCAUCAUCUUCCAGAAGGCAGACUUUUACGACAAGGACGGCCAGGAAAUUGUCUGCUCUGGAACAGCCGACUUCAAAGGAAAUCCGGCUGGUCAGAAAGCUGUUCGUGCCGUAAAGCUCGCGCUGCAAGAGAGGGAGCUUCAGAUGAGGGGAUAUGAAGUGGAAUGCGCGGUGCGGAAAGCCCAGGAGUUGAAUCCAGAGGCCGAUUGGUAUGACCUCACGAAGGCAACCCUGUGUAGAAUGGGCUUACCCUGCUCGUCUAUAGCCCUUGCCACGGGCAGUCCAGCGACGAAGCAGCCGUUUUGGAAGCUGUUGGGGACCCGUAUUUCCCGUGUUGUCAGCGACUGGCGCGGUCGAUAUUGA